AUGCACAUUGAGAAGAAUGUUUGCGAUAGUAUCAUUGGUACAUUGCUGGAGAUCUCUGGAAAAAAUAAAGAUGGGAUUGCUGCUCGAUUAGAUUUAUUGAACAUGGGGGUCAAAACUGAUUUGCAACCCGAGUAUGGAGAAAGACGUACUCGUUUGCCUCCCGGGCCUUGGAAUUUGUCAAGAGCAGAGAAGAGAGAGGUUUGCAAAUCUUUCUAUGGUAUGAAGGUCCCUAAAGGUUAUUCUUCAAAUAUAAAAAAUCUUGUAUCUUUACAAGAUUCAAGACUUCUUGGCCUUAAAUCACAUGAUUGUCAUACCUUAAUGCAACAAUUGCUCCCUAUGGCAAUUCGUUCUGUUUUGGAGAAGCCUGCAAGGUAUGCAAUAACUCGUUUGUGCUUCUUCUUCAAUGCUAUAUGUGCAAAGACUGUUGAUGUUUCCAAGCUAGAUAAGUUGGAAGAAGAUGUAGUAGUUACUUUGUGUUUGCUUGAGAAGUACUUUCCCCCUUCAUUCUUUGAUAUCAUGGUUCAUCUAGUAGUACAUCUUGUCAGAGAAGUUCGCCUAUGUGGGCCAGUAUAUUUUAGAUGGAUAUAUCCGUUUGAAAGAUAUAUGAAAGUGCUAAAGGGGUAUGUUCAGAAUCAUACUUGUCCCGAAGGUUGCAUUGCUGAGCGGUAUAUAGCUGAAGAAGCUGUAGAGUUUUGUAUCGAGCAUUUAUCUGAUGUUAGUACAGUUGGAGUGCCUUCAAGCCAAAAGAUGGGAGUUUCAAAGCCAUUAUCAGGUUGCACAGUGAGCGUAGUUGAUCAGGACCUGUUGAACCAAGCACAUCUAUAUGUCUUGGAGAAUACGGAGGAAGUCCUACCUUAUAUUGAGCAACAUAUGAUCCACAUCAAGACCGCUUAUCCAAAAUUUAGAAAGAGAACAAAGUGGCUGCACAAUAAGCACAAUAACACUUUCAUUCAAUGGCUACGCUUCAAGUUCAAAGUGAACUUAAUGAGGAAGACAAUCAUGGCGUAUCAGAAAAUUUAA